AUAGAGAAGGUGAAGACGGCAAGGUUUGCGGUGAGAGACACUACUAAACAGAAGAGAAGAGAGAUCUCAUCUGGGAGAGGCAGAGUAGAUUGAGUCUGGUCAAGAUGAUGUCCGGAAAAUACACGUCGAUUGACGCGCAGCAACUUCAAGGAUCUGUUCCUGCCGUUCCAGAUCAAGGACCCGCCACCGUCAAUUUCGCAGAUUCGAAUCUUCAGACAUUUCCUCCAUCUGGAACGCAGGGCAAGAUUUCCGCUGCUUCCGGCCCUCCGCGCGAUGCUGAUGAUUCAUUUUCAAAACCUGGAUCUGGUUCUGAUGAAUCCCAGCAGGGUGGUUGGCUUCGGACUUUUACAAUUGCUGCUUACAAACCGUACUUUGAUGUUGACACUUCAGAUGUUGUAGAGAGGAUUAGGGACUCACUAUUUCCAUUUAGAGGAUCUUUUAAUGAAAAGACUGCUACCAACCCUGAUUUGUAUGGUCCAUUCUGGAUUUGCACUACCUUAAUCUUUGUAGCGGCAUCUAUUGGCACCUUUGUGACUUACAUAGCACACAAGCUGAAGAGCAAGGAAUGGGAUUAUGACAUAAAUCUGGUGACUUGGUCUGCUGGUUUGUUUUACGGCUAUGUUACCAUCGUUCCUCUUUGCCUUUAUGUAAUCCUUAAAUACUUCUCCGCACCGGCGGGCCUUGUGCAACUAUUCUGUCUAUAUGGGUAUUCCCUGUUUGUCUUUAUUCCGGCUCUGUGUAUGUCCAUUGUGCCACUGGAGAUAUUUAGAUGGGUGAUUGCAGGUGUGGCAGGGUUCAUGUCAGCAACAUUUGUGGCACUGAACCUGCGGGCACAUAUCAAGUCAGCAGGUGAAAGGUGGUUCUUGAUUGUUGCUGGCAUUUUUCUGUUGCAGCUGGCUCUAGCUGUUGUACUAAAGGUUUACCUCUUCACAGUAUCUGUUUAAGAGAAAACUUGACAGCAUGGAUGAAAUAUAUAAAAUGAAGGUAUAGCUUUUUGGCAUUUUAGGUUUUCAUGGAUUCAAUUUGUAGUUGAAAUAUAAACUCAAAGAUUAAACCGUGGUGUAUUCAUUCUUUUGUGGCAAUAUAGAGGUGAAUAACUUGUGAUUAUCAUAAUUGCAAACACUUGUCUUUGUCGUUGUUAAUGCAAGUUAUAACACGUGUUUUUGUUA